AUGGCUCCAAACAGCUUCUUUGAUGACUUGAUGGGCGAUUUCGACAAGAUUAUGGGUCAAGAAAAGCCCAAAAUCGACUUCUACACCCUCCAGAAGACAGUUCCCGGACAUUUCGCACCCACUCCAGUCCUCUAUCCCACAAUCCACGAGCUGAAGAUGGAGCGGAUAAACAAGAUGAAGUUUGAGAGCAGAGAGAUGAUGCAGAGGGCUGGAUUUCGCUUCAAUUAA